AUGUCAUCUACUACAACUACAACUACUACCAAUUUUGCCAAGUCAUCUAAAAUUCAACCACACAUUAGAUUAUCCACUACUUCAUCAAUAGCGAAAAACUCCCAAAAAAAAUCAUUCAUCUCAUAUAAUUAUAAUAAUAAUAGUAAUAAUAAUAAUGAUAAUAAUAAUAAUGAUAAUAAUAUAAAUUCAAUUUCUGUACCUAUAGAAAAAACUCAAUUAUCAAUUCUACAAAAAGUUUAUAAUUAUUAUUUAUAUACUACUCCUGCUUAUUUAUUAAGUACAGGCGAAUUAAUAUUUUUCAAUGCAUUUUGUUUAUUAUUAUUAAGUGUUUUUGUUUAUUAUAUUUUAUAUUUAUUACCACAAGGUUUAUAUAAUGGUUUAUUAAAAUUAAAUUAUUAUCUUUUUGGUAAAAUUAUUAAUUUGAAUUAUAAAAUAUAA